AUGAGGAACUUUGACUCUCUAACAGUUUUACUUGUCUGCACCCUCAGUUGGAUCCCUGUAUCACAACCUUUGGAGGUUCAGUCUGAAAAAGAAGUCACGCUGCUGUGCUCCAACUUUUCCAGUUCUCCCACACAGAUAUUCUGGUUCAGAGUGACCAACAGAGCCAAACUCACCUGUAUCGCUGUGAUGUUCAAACCUGAUGAACCUGCUUCAUUCUGCGAUGGAUUUCAAAAUGGAAAAUUUGAAAUGAGCACUAAUUUAUCCACUGUGUUUCUCAAAAUUAAACAAGUGGAUUUAUUGGACUCUGGACUUUAUUUCUGUGGAUAUAAAAUACAGAAGAGUACGGUUAUUGUCGAAGCAACAGAUUUAGUGGUCCAAGACACUUUUAUCAGAUUACCAAAUGUGAUGAGUGUGAUCCUCGGUGUUCUGACUGUUUUCCUGAUCACAGUCAUCGUUUGUCUGACUGUUAAAAUCAAAAAGCUUCAGAAAGUUCACACUGAAGGAAAGAAUCUACAACAAGAAGAGGUGAAGUGUUUCAUUUUGUGUCCUUCACACUCUUUAUCAGUUAAUGUUAGUAGUUUUUUACUCAGCUGUGAGACUGACAGUUCUUAUUCACAGAGGCAGAGCUCAGAGCACCUGCACUAUGCAGCUGUGACAUUUCAUCCAAAAACAGAAAGUCCUCACAGGCCUGCAUCAGCCACAGAAGUGGACCCAGAUGUUAUUUAUUCAUCUACUCGAUAGACUCAGAAAGUGACGGAGUACUCCAUGGAACUGAGGCGUCAUUAUUGAUCUGCUGAUGUU